AAACCUCACAUAAAAGUAUUUCGCAGUGACGAGUAAACACCAAACUCGAUGGGAUUGUUUAUUAAACGCUCAAACUGUUCGGACCUGACGCCUCUUCUUUAGUUCGCUUUCAGUGUCUUGAGUUUAGGUGCUACCGACUAACUCUUGUCGUUGGCAAGGGACCCUUCUUUGUUUACGUAGAAUUGGGCGCAAGAACUUAGCUUUCUGGCCACUAUUAUGGACGAUAGUAUCAGGAAGAGCGACAAACAAAAACCCGCCUUCGGGGCUGGGACACCGAUCGACAGCAAUAUCUCCACAUAUGUGUCCAGGGCAUCUAAGGUUGCAUUGCCUCCUAAGGAGAGAAAUAACGCUUUCACCCCAAAGAGUACUCCCAACACAGGUGGAUGGUCUCCCUCGACACAAACAGCAUUCAAUGUUCCGCUUAAUGCUCCUGGUUCCGGAGGUGGCACUUCAAUUGCUAAAUAUCUAGUUACCUACAGGAACGAAAUAUUAUCUCAAAGGGAUGCUAGAGCGGUCCUCGUUAACUGCAUAUGCAUUACUCACAUGCUUGAAUAUUGUAACAAAUCUCUGGAAGAGCUGCGUUGGGAAGAUUACUUAAGAGACCCCGUCAAAUCAAGGCACAAUAAAAGGUCGACAGAAUCAUUCGGUGUUAGCUGCAGUCAAAUUCUGGUAACCAACCAAAUCACCAAUACUAAUUCGGGUACAUUAAAUACAAAAUAUCAUGAAGUUUUCGACACGGACGUAUCGAUGUUAUAUGGCCGUUUGAUGGACGUGGACACCAAAUUACACUGCAUUACAGGCAUGUGGGAAUACAAGGGAAAAUCUUUGGAAGAACUCCGUUACGAAGACUAUUUGGUAAAUCGGAAAGGAGCGAUACGGAAUGUAUUUGACUUCAGCUUUGAAUAUCCGUAUCCAAUCGCAAGUCGAUUCUUCAAAAACCCCUUCACAUCAGGCAUACCGGCGGUGGAAUUCCCAACUUCUAAUUUUGACACAUCGGAACCAAGGAUCCAACAAAUAGAGACAAAAGCUGCAUCUAGCACAUCUCCAACUUCAAACCUCUUUGAAAACGCAAAUUUACCAAAUGGUCAGACCAUUUUUGACUUCAAUUCACUAGCAGCGAUCAAAGCUUUUCCUAGUCUACUGACCAAAACCGAAACAUCUGACACUAGACGACCCAGGAAUAAGUCAUUGACCCCAAUCAAAUUAAGAACACCUUCAACCCAUGAAAAACAUUCGACUCGUAGACAUUCGGAAAGUCCAGCAACAUUAAAGCAAAACUCGCCCGAAAAAACAGCUCCGUUUUACUUCAAACCGCCAGAACUAUUGUUUGUCAGCCCGGAAUCGGAGACCAAAAACAAACCUCAGGAAGAGCCUAAUUUGGAGGGGACGCUUUCCAAACUAGUGUCCUUAAAAAUAUCUCCUGAAAAUUACGAGAAAAUGGAACAUAAAACGUUUACUAAUAACACAUUCAGGGAUGUGGAUAUGAACUCCCAAAAGUCCCGCAAGUUUGCCAUUUCGAAAACACGCUUGAAGCCGCGCAACACCAACAAAGUAUCUUCUGAGGGUGGGGGAAAACCCCAAACGACAGGUAUCGUUCUGAAGCAAGAAAAAUGCUAUACUAUCCCCUCACUAGACGACCUGGCAUACUAUCUCACCGAGGAUGGUAGAUGUGUUGUCCCAGAAUUCGUAGUCGAGCACAGUGAUUAUGGCAGUGUAUCCUUUCCCGGACCGAUAGAUGUUGCAGGACUAAACUUGGAUGAAAUCGUGGUUUUCCGUUACAAGGAAGUGAUAGUUUAUCCGGAUGAUAAGAAAAAGCCUCCGCUUGGCUUUGGGUUGAAUAGAAGAGCUAAAGUUACUAUAAACAAGAUCUGGCCCCAUGACAAAACCACGCACGAACCAAUCACGGAUACUCAGCGUUUAGUAGAGCUGAACUACGUUGGCAAGUUGCACAGCCUCUGUGACAAGCAUGGCACACGGUUUAUUGACUACCAACCUGAAACCGGAAGCUGGACCUUCGAGGUCGAACAUUUUUGAUUUGGUAUGGAUGAGUGUCGAACAAGGAGUGGAAGUUCAGUUUGCCCGUGAAAGCUGAUCUCGAGGGAGAGCUGAAUAAUGACCAAAGGCCACAGCAAAGAGGUGGUUGAUUGGUAAUCAUGUUUCGUUAUUUUUGUUUCAUAUUCUAUGUAAUAACUCGUGAAAUAAUGUUAAUUUUUUAUAAAUAUUUUUUAAGACAAUAAAAACCGCUUUGCCUUUA